AUGUCCCAGAGCUUCGGAUUCGCAUUCGCAUGCGUGCUUUGUGAUGAUCCGUGUGCGGCGGAGUUGCGGAGUUGCGGACCGGGCAAAUUCUCUGCAAACUGUCCACCGUGGAUAUACCAGGUCGGCCCUCGAAAAGGGCUGCUGCUCAGGACCCCUGCGAAUAAGCGCCGAGCUGUUCCUUCUUCGCGGGCCACUGCCCGCUGGAGCCUGCUUGGACCCUUGGCAAGAAUGCUCUGCGCCGUGCCGUAUCGUGUUGAAAAUCACUCGCCGAGAUGGGUUGCAUCCGCUGACUCAGAUGGUGACGACUGA